AUGCGGCUUUCUUACAGGCGCUCGCCUCUCGUUCCAGCGCUACAUCUGGCGACCCUUUGCUUGGUGUCGACCGCUCUUCCCUCGCCAGCCUAUGAAGCACCUCUCGGGCUGGCAUCGAUGCUACUUGCUCCUGUUGGCAAUUCGAGCUUGAUCAACGCGAACAACACAGCCGACUGCACCAACUGCACCAACCUGGGCAAUUUCAUCAAUCCGAUUCCCGUGUCUUGGUUGGACCCCGUGAUCCAGCUUCGCAACGGAUCGUAUGCUGGUAUCACCAUCCAACCCAUCGCUGCGUCUGCUACGCUGUCUGGCUUUGGCACAAAUCGCACUCAGGAAGCCUUUUUGGGCAUUCCGUAUGCUCAACAGCCCGUCGAUGAGCUUCGUUUCAGAAGGCCUUACUCGCUCAACGAGAGCUGGGACGAGGUGAGGUCGGCAAAGCGGUACUCGGAGCUGUGUUUUGGCGCGGGUGUCGACGACGAUUACCAGCCACCGUACGUGACGUACAAGCUGGGCGAAAGGUGUCUGACGUUGAACGUGGUGCGACCUGCAGGAGUGUCGAGCGAGAACGGAGACAAGCUGCCCGUCUUUGUCUGGAUCUACGGCGGUGGGUUCAGUUAUGGCGGAUCGGCUGAUAGGAGGUACAAUGGUAGCUUUAUUGUGGAUAAGUCGGUCGAAUUGGAGCAGCCCUUGAUCUUUGUCAGCUUCAACUAUCGGGUGAACGUGCUCGGGUUCCCAGUAGGAGAUGGAGCCAAGCAAGCAGGGAUCGAGAAUCUGGGACUAUACGAUCAGCGAUUGGCGUUGAACUGGAUCAGGGAGAACAUUGCGGCGUUCGGUGGCGAUCAAGACAAAGUGAGCAUUGUAGGCGAGUCAGCUGGUGGUGCGAGUAUACUUUUCCAUCUGUCAGCGUACGGUGGACGAGACGACAGGCUCUUCCGUUCGGCGGUGGUGCAGAGUGGCUACUGGGCCAGCCAGCUGGAGACGAAGAGCAAUAGGGUGAGAUGGAAUCAACAGUGGGGAUCGCUCGUGGAGUACGCCAACUGCAGUGCAAGGGCGGAUGCGAUCGGGUGCCUGCGAACCACUCCGCUGGACACGAUCAAGCAGUGGAGCCAGAGGAACAAUGCUACGGUGAAUGCUUUCAGUCCGGUGGUGGAUGGCGAUUUGGUAGCGGGGGAUUUGCAACAUUCGUUUUUGCAAGCAAGAAUCGUCAAGGAUGCAAGUGUACUAUUGAACAAUAACCUCGACGAAGGCCUGUCUUUUGGCAGGCGCGGUGUCAAUAACAGUGGCGAUAUCGUCGAGGCGCUUAGCGUGUCGCAGGCACUGCCCGAUGGCUGGCUCAGCCGCGACACCGAGAGCAAUCUGACGAGGGCCUAUCCGGAUAACGAAGAUAUCUAUCCACCUUUUCAAGCAGGGGCUGGAGUCUUGCCUCGGACGCACGGUGUUUUGGGUACGAACGAUCGACGUUCGUGUGCCAUCUUUGGGGAUCUGCUAUUUGUCGGUCCGAGACGGCAGGCGGCGGAACUUUUAGCUAAGAGCUCGAACAAGCCGAUCUACGUGUCUCGCUUCGACCAGCUUUCGUACAAGUCGGCCAUCACCAGCGGUGCGCAGCACUUUCAAGAGGUGGCGUACAUGUUUCGGAAUGCGCUCGACACUCAGAACGCGCUAGGUCCAUUGGCGAAAGACACGCAGCUGGCGGAGGAAAUGUCGAGUUAUUGGAUCAACUUUGUUGCUAGUGGCGAUCCGAAUGGGGCCAAGAAACAGGGUAGGCGCACGCAAGGUGCGGUGCGUUGGCCAAAGUAUACCGAGGAAGGGAGGCAGGUUGUGGUGUGGAAGGGAGGCAGGUUGUGGUGUGGGUGCGCGAUGGGCUGGGUCGCACAAGCAGGGUGGUAA